CUGGACAGAACAUCAUUAGAUCACCAAUUUUACCUGUAACAACCUCCCAAAAGCCCAUUUCUAAUCCAUUAACUGACGCUUUUCAUCAUCCAAAUCUUCUGUUUCUAUCUGUUUUACGGAAUUGUUUGGAUUCAGUUGCUCAUCUUCAAUGGUUUUAAGGAGAGAUGUUAAUUCAGAAAAUAAUUGAAUUUACUAUAUAUUAGCAAUCGAUGUUUCCUUCAGCAACUACAGGAUUCACUAACACUAGCUACAAUUUGAGAUUAUCGUAAUAUUAAUAAUUAUUUAUCUAAUUAUAUAUAAGCGUAAUUAAAUCUUAAAUCUUAUAAUUUUGGCAACUUUAAAUCUCAAUAUACGAAUCAGUAGAAUAGUAAAUAAACAACAGCCAUAGAGUGUGAGUGAGACCCCUUAUGGCAGUAGGUAUUAAUGUGAUUUUCUUUUUGAAUGAAUUCUUCGAGUCUUAAACCUAUCGACGAAAAAAUACCACCAAUGACUAAUCAAAAGCCCGCCAUUCGCCCCAUAUUCCCUGUUUUGAAGCAUAACUUUUCCAAUUGCUAUUCUUCUUCCUCAACAAUCAACAGAGAACCUUAAAUCCUAACCCCUCCCUCUUUUCCACUUAACAUACUCUCUCGCAAAUCUCAAUCAGUCCUCCUAAGAAUACUUCUCACUUUUUCAUAAUCGAAUUGAUUCAAUUCUCAAUUAUUUCCUGGCAAAUCCAAUACCUCUCGAAAAGAUUUGAAAUCUCCUGUAUAAGCUCAGCACCCACAAGAGCAAAGACAGCAAAUUUCUUCUAAUUUAACAAAAAUGAGCUCAACCCAAUUCUUUCUCAACCGUCCCAUCUCUCUUUCUCCUCCUCCGGCAGCCAGUCGCCACCGUGCUAUCACUCCACGCGCGUGUCUUAACGUGGACAUGCAGCCGGAAUCAGUAAAGAAUCUGACUUUGAAGAGCAAGGAAGUAAUAGAAAUGGAAGCAAAGGUUCUAGUGGGUACUUAUGCAAGAAACCCAUUAGUUCUCUCUAGUGGCAAAGGCUGUAAAUUAUACGAUCCUGAAGGACAAGAGUAUCUGGACUGCACCGCCGGUAUCGCGGUCAACGCGCUCGGCCACGGCGAUCCUGAUUGGGUGCGGGCUGUUACAGAGCAAGCCAAUUUGCUUACCCAUGUUAGUAAUGUCUAUUAUUCGAUCCCUCAGGUAGAGCUUGCAAAGCGUCUGGUGGAUUCUUCAUUUGCUGAUCGAGUAUUCUUUUCUAACUCUGGAACAGAAGCCAAUGAAGCUGCAAUCAAAUUUGCAAGGAAGUUUCAAAGGAUUUCACAUCCUGAGCUGAAAAAGCCUGCAACAGAGUUCAUUUCUUUCACUAAUAGUUUCCAUGGAAGGACAAUGGGUGCUGUUGCUUUGACUAGUAAAGAGCAUUAUCGUUCCCCUUUUGAGCCUGUUAUGCCUGGAGUUACUUUCUUGGAAUAUGGUAACAUUCAAGCUGCGACAGAAUUGAUUCAAAGUGGGAAAAUUGCUGCUGUAUUUGUUGAACCUAUUCAGGGUGAAGGUGGUAUUUAUAGUGCUACUAAGGAAUUUUUGCAAUCCUUGCGUAGUGCUUGUGAUGAUGUUGGGUCUCUACUGGUUUUUGAUGAGGUGCAAUGUGGCUUGGGCCGAACUGGUUAUCUUUGGGCACAUGAAGCAUAUGGUAUAGUGCCAGAUAUAAUGACUAUAGCCAAGCCUCUUGCUGGAGGCCUUCCAAUAGGAGCUGUACUUAUGAGUGAAAAAGUUGCUGCUGCGAUGAAGUAUGGAGAACAUGGAAGCACUUUUGCUGGUGGACCACUUGUCUGUAACGCUGCCAUCACUGUUUUAGAUAAAAUAUCAAGUCCUGGUUUCUUGGCCAGUGUCUCCAAGAAAGGUCAGUACUUCAAGGAAAUGUUAAUUCAGAAACUUGGAGGAAAUUCUCAUGUGAGAGAGGUACGAGGUUUGGGGCUCAUAAUUGGGAUAGAACUAGAUGUAUCUGCUUCACCCCUAGUAGAUUUCUGUCGAAACUCUGGUCUUUUAAUAUUAACUGCUGGAAAAGGAAAUGUUGUAAGGCUGGUACCUCCAUUGAUAAUCUCAGAACAAGAAUUGGAGCAUGCAACUGAUAUUCUGCUUAAAUGUUUACCAGUACUUGAUGAGACCAAUUGAAGGAAAAGAAGUUUGUAUCAACAUUUAGUUUCAGGUGAAACCUGUUAAAAAUUUCCUCCUAAAUAGAGCAGACUUGAAACAAUUUGUUACUGUCAA